AUGCCUUGCGGCUUUCCUUUCCAUUGGGAUCGCUAUGAUAACCCUCGAAUCUCCUACAAAUCAUACGAAUUCCGAGAGCAAUUCUGCGUGGCAGACCAAUCCUCUCGGAUUCAACAGGCAACAUUUGUCUACACUUCUCCAGAUCCUUAUGCUCGGGGGGGAAAACGCAUGAUGACUUGGAGGAUCUAUCUUCCUGCGCGGGAGUCUGAACUGUACAGAGACGCCCCUAAGAAAGUUUCCGUCGCCCACGUUGAGGUGGAUGAGAUGGUGAUGGAAACCUCUUUAGGAAUUGAUCUUACCACAAAUCCUCGCAUCAUGCUCGAGGCUCUCGCUCUAUCCCUAGAGUUAGGGAUGCUAGUUACCAUCGAAGUCGCCAGCUCUAGGACACUAAAGCUGUACCCCGCCAGAAGAAAUAUUCACUAUGGACCUGGAGAGAUUCUCUUUGUCACCACGGAUUGCUCUGGCAGAUCAGAAGUGGCUUGCGUAUUCGACUAG